CAUCGCCAUUGUCGGCUGCUCUGCACAUACCAGAAGUGCACGGCAUCUCCUUCCAGCCUUGCGAAAGAUGGCAUCACUUGCCGGCUUUCUUGGGAAAUCUACAUCUGUACAUUGAAGUGAAUCAAGUCAUGACCUGUCCCAGGGGCGCAGAGCAUCCCUCCCCAUUCUUCUUCUUUUUCUUCCUAUUGACCUCCCUUCUCGCCUCUCCCGACAUCUUCAGUCGCCGAAUAUCCAUCAAGAUGUCGACAGCAGCUUCAGCUCCGGCUCACGAUCACGAUGAGCGAUUGGAGAGAGACAAGGCACGCCUCAAGGUCUACUCCGAGGGCCACAGCGAGGGACUCGAUCGGAAGCUCCGCUCCUUCCACAUUACCAUGAUCGGCUUCUCUUCUGGGAUUGGAACCGGUCUCUUCAUCGGUACUGGCUCGGCCUAUGCCAGCGCAGGCCCUGCCGGGCUCUGCCUUGCGUAUUGCAUCGUAGGCACGGUCCUGUGGUGUGUAAUGCAGAGCAUUGGUGAGCUCGCUACCCUCGUGCCGACGGCAGGUUCAUUUCCGCAUUGGGCUACACGCUUCAUCGAUCCUAGCGUAGGCUUCUCUCUUGCCAUCAGUUAUGGCUAUUGCUAUUCGAUCGCAAUCGCCAGCGAGGUCAGCGCAGCCGCCGUGUUGGUCAGCUAUUGGACAGAUGUAUCUCCUGUUUUAGUCAUCACAUUGGGACUUGCUGCGAUCUUAGCUCUGAAUUUGACCAGUGUAGAGUUCUUCGGACACAGCGAAGUCAUUGCUGGUUCCAUCAAGGUCCUCUGUUUCAUCGGCCUCACCAUCGUCGCUGUGGUGAUCACAUCAGGAGGUGGCCCAAACGGCAGCAGCAGUGGCUUUCAGUACUGGAAUAACCCUGGGCCGUGGACACAGUACAAUGACAUCGCAGGAAGCACUGGGCGCUUUGUUGGAGUGCUAUCUGCACUAGUCAAUGCGUCCUUUAGCUUCAUCGGUAUCGAGACCGUGGUUAUCACGGCUGCUGAGUCCAUCAAUCCACACCGGGACAUCCCGCGCGCCGCAAAAAGAGUGACGUACCGUAUCGCAUUCUUCUAUAUCCUCAGUGUUCUUCUGAUCGGUUUGAUCGUAGAUCCUCGCAAUCCAUCGCUCGUCAGUGGCACUGGAAAUGCCAACUCGAGUCCCUGGGUGAUCGCUAUUCAAGCAGCAGGCAUCAAAGUCCUGCCCAGUGUUGUCAAUGCCUGCAUCCUCAUCUCUGCUUGGUCGGCCGGGAACAGCUACUGCUGGGUCGGCAGUCGCAUCAUCCUUUCCAUGGCAGCCGAUCGCCAAUUGCCAGCUGUGUUUGCACGAACCUGGAGAAAUGGAGUGCCAUGGGUUGCAGUUCUCGGACAGGGCGGACCUUCCCAGGCAUUCAGCUGGCUCUUGAAUUUGAGCACAGUGGCAGGGCUGAUUACUUGGACAGUCCUGUGCCUGUGCUACAUUCGCUUCAAUGCAGCUCUCAGAAGACAGGGCCGCCUUUGCAACCCUAUGCCGCUUGGAUCGGGAGGAGCAACAAUUCUGACUUUCAUCUCGGGCUUCUCGAUUUUCCUCAAGGGCGAUUGGGUGACGUCCAACUUCAUCGCCUCCUACGUGGGGAUUCCGGUCUUCAUCAUUUCGACCCUGGGCUGGAAGACAAUCAAGAGGAGCAAGUUCGUCCAUACGCGCGAUGCUGACCUCUGGUCCGGACGCUUGGAAAUGCACGAAGCUCAGCAGAUCCAGAAGGCUGCGUCAGAGCCUAUUAGUGCCUCUGGGCGCGUGAGUAGGUGGCUGCUCUGA